AUGGACCUGGUCUCCCUCGAAGGUCCCAUAAGAGGCAUUUCCCACCAGGAUGGGGGCAUUGUGCUGCUGGCCACCUCCUCACUGGAGGUGAAAGCCCAGCAAGAGGAGGGCUUGGUACCCCAGUGGCCUGGGCUGCCACUGGCAGAGCUUUUGGGCACCAACCGCUCCAUCGUCUUCUUUGGACACCGAGGCUUCCUGGGCCUCCGCUCCCUCUACCUGGAUGAGUACCGUGACCGGCUGUUCAUCGGGGGAAAGGAUGUGCUCUACUCCCUGCUCCUGAAUGGGGCCAGCACAGACACCAAGGAGAUCUACUGGCCGCCUCUCCCUGGGCAGACGGAGGAGUGUUUUCAGAAGGGAAAGGACCCAGGGACCGACUGCGCCAACUACAUCCGAGUACUUCACCCCUACAACCGGACUCAUUUGCUGGCCUGUGGGACAGGCGCCUUCCACCCUGUCUGCGCCUUUGUCUACGUGGGGCACCGUGGUGAGCACACCUUCAGCCUGGACCCCGCCAGUGUGGAGACCGGCAGGGGCAGGUGCCCGCACGACAGCCGCUCUUUUGCCAGCACCAUCAUCGGCGGGGAGCUGUACACCGGCCUCACUGCAGAUUUCUUGGGCCGUGAUCCUGGCAUCUUCCGCAGCAUGGGGACCCGCUCUGCCUUGCGCACCGAGGUGGACCAGCGCUUACUCAAUGACCCCAAAUUUGUGGCAGCCCACUUGAUCCCUGACAGUGAUGACCGGGACAAUGACAAGGCCUAUUUCUUCUUCACGGAGAAGGUGGUGGAGGCAGACAGCAAGGAGCAUGCCAUUGUCAGCCGGGUGGCACGAGUCUGUGUGAAUGAUGCUGGUGGCCAGAGGGUGCUGGUCAACAAGUGGAGUACCUUCAACAAAGCCCGGCUAGUGUGCUCUGUCCCUGGCCCCGGUGGCGUUGACACUCACUUCGAUGAGCUGGAGGACGUCUUCUUGCUGAGGACGAAGGAUGGGAAGAGCCCGGAGAUCUAUGCCCUCUUCAGCACCACCAGCCAUGUCUUCCAGGGCUCAGCAGUCUGCAAGUACCACAUGGCCGACAUCCGUGAGGUCUUCAAUGGGCCCUUCGCCCACCGGGAGAGCCCCCUCCAUCAGUGGGGCGCCUACGAGGGCAAGGUGCCCUACCCACGGCCGGGCGUGUGUCCCAGUAAGACCACCAACCAGCCCCGGCGGCAGUACAGCACCACCAAGGACUUCCCCGACGAGGUGCUGCACUUUGCACGCGCUCAUCCCCUCAUGUACAAGCCCGUGUACCCCCGGCACCGCCGGCCGCUUCUGGUGGAGACCGACCUGCCCCACCGCCUGCGUCAGCUCGUGGAGGACCGGGUGGAGGCCGAGGAUGGGCCACAAGAAGUCCUCUUCCUCGGGACGGACGCUGGCUCGGUGUUGAAGGGGGGGGUCCUGCCGAAGAAAAGAUCGGACCAGAAUGAGGAAGUCAUCCUCAUUGUCGGUGCCCCCCACAAAGUCCAGUCAGCCCUGAACAAACUGCAUUCUCUGUGGCAAGGUUUUUGCCAGCCUCAUAUCUGCCUUCCUACCCUGCAGAUGCCUGUGCCCAUCACCCAGAUGGAGAUCUCUGUCAAGCGCCAAACACUCUACGUGGGGUCCAGCCUGGGGCUGGCCCGGGUAAGGCUGCACCGGUGUGAGACCUACGGCACAGCCUGUGCCGAAUGCUGCCUGGCCAGGGACCCCUACUGCGCCUGGGACGGCAGCGCCUGCACCCGCUCCCAGCCCCCUGGUCGUCGCCAGGACGUCCACCACCGCAACCCUGUGCACCAGUGCCUGGACCAGAACCUGACUGUGGAUGAUUUUGAGAGCGUUGAGGAGAAGGUGCUU